CGUGGCCUCCUCGCUCACGCGCGACUCCGCACGUCCGAGCCUGCGUGACCCGCGCUUGCGCUUCAGAGGUUUACCGGUCGCCGAGGGAGGCUUGACCAGAUUGUCGUCCACGAGCAUGUCGUCCCCCUCCGCUCUAACAUUGGGCGACGGAGGUAUGCGAGUGCCUGACUUGUUGGCGGCCGGCGCGUUUUCGUCUGCUGGAGGCUCGGUCUUGCGCGUGCGACGAGUGCGUGGUGCGGGCUGCGCGUCGGUGAUGCUACGCAGAGCGUUGACUGCAGCUUGCCUCAUUGGGCGUCCGCGAAGGGAGUAGACAUCCUUGACGGGUUCCAGAAUGCGGCUUGUUGUCCUCCCAGCGGUCGUCGCGGUGGCAGGGACGUCACGAGUUUCGUGGGAUUGGGCAGUAUCGGCAGUAGGUGGCGGCCCCUCACGCUGUUCUACGCAAGUGGUGAACUUGACGGUAUCUCGUGGCUCUUCCGACUUCACGGCUCUGCUAACCUUCAACCUCUCAUACCCCAGCGCGACCUCCGCCUCGUCUUCGAUGUGCCAGCAUAGCUCCAUCGGCUCGGAAUUUGCGGGGGACGUCUCGGCACCUGACUGUAUGCGCCCCUCGGGAGUCUCGGCUCGCGACGGCGUCGAGGAGGGUAGAGGCGAGCUCUGAACGAAGGGCGAAGCCAUAGCGA